GGACGGUGGAUGAGAUAUUUUGAAAUAGAGUGUGACUGAGGAGUCUGCAUAGAGCUGUGAACGUGAUUUUACCAACCGAACCAAAAAUCUGAUCGAGUCCGCGGUCAGCAUUUUGUGCUGUGCUUCUCUGUUCAUUGUUCCUAACCUUCAACUUUGGCUCUCAUUCUUUAAUUUUUCAUUUUCACUUUUCAUCACUGCCCUUUGAAGCUCUGCAUCCUCAAAUGGCUCUUUCCGCAACACUUACGCCUCCUUCAUCUCCAAAAUUCAACCUUUACGCCAAAAUUCGUAGACCCUUUUUCCCUCACUCCGUAACUUCCCCUAAUCCCCUAAAGAUUCGGGCUUCAACUACUCUGGAUUAUUCCAAUGUCUCAACCAACGACAAAUCCUCCCCUUUGAAGACUAGUAAUUGGCAAUGGAAAUUCAAGGAAAAUCUUAUAAACAUUUAUUAUGAAGAGCAUGUGAAGGAGAGUCCAGAACCUUCCCAAAAUAUCUUGAUGAUGCCAACCAUUUCUGAUGUGAGCACUGUUGAGGAAUGGAGAUUAGUGGCUGGAGACAUUGCCCAACGUAAUGGCAAUGUCAAUUGGCGGGCAACUAUUGUCGAUUGGCCUGGACUGGGUUAUUCUGAUCGGCCAAAGAUGGACUACAAUGCCGAUGUCUUGGAAAAAUUUCUUGUUGAUUUCAUCAAUUCACCCAAUGGUCCAAUAAAACAAUCAGAAAAUGAUCUGAUAAUUUUUGGAGGAGGGCAUGCUGCAUCAAUUGUAGUCCGUGCUGCAAAAAAGGGUCUGGUGAAGCCCAAAGCUAUAGCUGCCGUUGCACCAACUUGGGCUGGUCCCCUUCCAAUUGUGUUUGGUCGAGAUUCUAACAUGGAAACAAGGUAUGGUCUUCUAAGAGGCACGUUAAAGGCCCCUGCAGUUGGCUGGAUGAUGUAUAACAUGCUUGUGAGCAACGAAAAUGCAAUCCAAUCACAGUACAAAUCACAUGUAUAUGCCAACCCUGAGAAUGUGACUCCAGGAAUUGUGGAAAGCAGAUACGCGUUGACAAAACGAAAAGGAGCGCGUUACUUGCCUGCCGCGUUCCUGACUGGUGAAUUAGAUCCUGUAACAUCUCGCGAAGAAUUUCUUGAACUCUUUGCAGCGUUGGAGGGGAAGACACCAGUGCUGGUUGUAUCAACCAAAGGAUCUCCCAAGAGGUCCAAGGCUGAGAUGGAAGCUCUCAAGGGAGCCAAAGGGGUGAGCAAGUUUGUGGAAGUGCCAGGGGCUCUUCUUCCUCAAGAGGAGUAUCCUGCUUUGGUAGCAGAAGAGCUUUAUCAGUUCUUGCAAGAAUAUUUUGGCACUGUUGCAUAGAAUUCACAUUUUCUUUUUGGCAAUUUAUCUAUCAAGACAAACGGGCUAUGUCACACUAUCAUUGAUGUUCUGCAGGUUUCCCCCUUCUGUAUGUUGAUGCAGCUUCUGGAGGCACAGAUAUUAAUUGAUGGAAAAAGUUUGUGCAAGGGUGUACACACAUGUUUGUGUAGUGUGAUUUUAUUUUACUAUUAUAGAAACCCUCGUGUAUACGAGGAUUACACUUAACAAAUCAUUUCCGACUUGGCUGAUGACUUGAACACAACUUCUCAGAUGAAAGAUACUAAAAAAAGAAUCAAGGUUUUCUGGU